GACUGAGCAACUGUCAUCAGUCUCAUUUCAAAAUCACCGUGUACAGCUACAAAAAAAAUGAAAACCCUCCUAGUUUUGGCAACACUUUUCUUCGCCGCAAAUGCUUUGGACAAAGACUUCAUUGACAAAUUUGUGGCAGAAGUUAAGAAAGUCGGGGAAACUUGUAUCAAAGAAGUCUCCGCUAGUGAAGACGACAUCAAGGUCCUCCUGUCCCACAACAUCCCGGAAUCGCACGAAGGCAAAUGCUUGAUUUUCUGUUUCCACAAGAACUUCCACAUCCAAAACGAAGACGGCUCUAUCGAUAAAGACGGGGCAGCUAAAGCUCUAGAGCCCCUAAAAGAGCAAGACGAGGACGUGUACAACAAAAUGGUGACGGUUUUCAAGAACUGCGAAGGAACCCCCGUGGAGAGCGACUCUUGCGAUUAUGCUGCUAGUUUGGCCACGUGUGCUGCCAAGGAGGGAAAAGCCUUGGGGCUGGAUCAACUUCUUGCCGAAAUCGAAAUCUGAGGAUUUGAGUAGAUUAAAAUGUUGUGUGUUACCAAAAGAAUGUAAUAAAGAUUUAUAGACAUGUA